AAAGUUUCAUUUCAACACGGAGAAGAAGGGUUAGAGAAAUUUAUUGGACUGUCAACAACAGUUAAUCAUAAUCUCUCCAUCGCCGUCGCCGUCGCCGGAAUCAUAAUCAAAGCUUCUCAAUUCAAUCAUGCCUUCCCGGCGAAGAACGCUUCUCAAGGUCAUAAUCCUCGGCGACAGCGGGGUAGGGAAGACGUCAUUAAUGAAUCGAUAUGUUAAUAAGAAGUUCAGCAAUCAGUAUAAAGCAACUAUUGGAGCUGAUUUCUUGACAAAAGAAGUGCAAUAUGAAGACAGACUCUUCACAUUGCAGAUAUGGGAUACAGCAGGGCAAGAAAGGUUUCAAAGUCUAGGUGUUGCUUUUUACAGAGGAGCUGAUUGCUGUGUUCUUGUGUAUGAUGUAAAUGUAAUGAAGUCAUUUGACCAUCUUAACCAUUGGAGGGAUGAGUUUCUUAAGCAGGCAAGCCCUUCGGAUCCAGAAAACUUUCCAUUUGUUGUCAUAGGAAACAAGACCGAUAUCGAAGGUGGAAACAGUAGAGUGGUCUCGGAGAAAAGGGCUAAAGCUUGGUGCGCCUCAAAAGGAAACAUUCCCUACUUUGAAACAUCUGCAAAAGAGGGCAUAAAUAUUGAAGAAGCUUUUCAGUGUAUAGCUAAAGAUGCUCUUAACAGUGGAGAAGAAGAAGAAAUAUAUCUUCCAGAUACAAUUGAUGUUGGAGGCAGCGAUCAACAGAGGUCAACUGGAUGUGAGUGCUAAGUAUUAAGGUACAAUAAUGGUUCUUAUUAUCAUUUGUUAAAUAAAAAGUUCUUUCAGAACAGGAAAUUAUGACUAUAUUCUCUGCAUACUUGUAAAUCAUUAAUUUGUCUUGAAGUAUAUUUGUUUCUUCUAUAUAUUUGAUUAUGGAAAAUGAAUUGGGA